AUGUACCCAACAAUGUAUUGCGGGGAGCAAUCGGAGGUGGCGCCUGUGGCCGGUGCCAAGACCUUCAGAAGUGACCACCUUGCGCAGCUCUUGCUCUUCCCAUCUCUCUCCACGGCCCUCACCACCUGGCAUCUCAGCCCAAUUCAUUCCUUGAUUUCAUGUUUCUAUUUUGAGUUCUGA